GACCGUGCCGUGCGUGAGGAAUGUUUUGGCGACGGGAACGUAGACAGAGUACAUUGUAAGAAAAAAAUUACUUUCACAAAAAAGUAAAUAAUUUUAAUAAACAACAAUAAUUAAGAGAAAAUUAAGUAAUAAUUAUUGGCGUGUUGUUUAGAAAAAUUCACGUUAUAUAUUGAGCCGUUCUCACCGUGUUAAUAAUGAUAAUGGUCUACAAAUAAUAUGUGCAAAAGUGAAAUGAGAAAGAAGUAAUGAAAAGGAAAAGCUGGAAACAAAAAAUGACGUAUAGUCGUCGUCUUAUUAGAAGUAGUGUUCUGCUUUGAAUGGAUUCACUCAAGUGAAAUGCAAAAAAAUUGUUUACUAUUGACCGUCUGUAUCGGCCUAUAAUUUAAAUCAAACAAAUGUUUAAUCCAGUAAAGAUUCGAUUUUAAUAGUCUCCGAAAAUUAUUACUCUUGUUAUGUGUGAAUGUGUAUGUAAGUUGUGUUUUGUUUUGUAUCGUUUCCAACGUCUGUCUAUUUCUUGUUCUCUUAUGUUGUUGUUUUGUGGCGCUGCAGUGAGUGAAUGUUUUUAGUGUAAACAAAAACAAAUUCUCCAAAUGACGUAAAUUCUGUUUGGAAAUUUGGAGUCUGCGAGAAAUCAAUUUCCAGAUUUACUUUAACCUGUGCCUCCCCAGCCAAAACACAUGAUAAUUGCGAAUUGUUUACAUUGUAUGUUGUUGUUGCUACGUUAUUUUGCAUUGCAAGCAAACACGGCACGUGAAAUGUCAUUGAAAAGAGAAUAGUGAAAAAAGAUGAAUUUGUAAAGGGGAGCUUGUGAGCGGAGAGGAGAGAGAAAGAUAAGCCCCCUCUUGUGUUUUUAGUGAAUGAAGUUGAAAAUUGCAAGUCUGUGGCAAUUGAAAUGUGGAAAGUUGUAAAAAUAGAAUUGAAUAAAACGUAAAGCACUACAGAAAAGAAAAGAGAAUAGAGAGAAAAGCGAAAUACUGCCAGACAAAGUGGAAAUUGUGCAAAGAGAAACACUUUUAUAAAUUAAAAAGUUUCCUUUUGCAACUUCUGACAUUUGAGCAAAACAAAUCAAAACAGUUUUCAUCUUCCCCAAUCCUUACGUUUGGGAGCCUAGCAUUGUGGGUUCAGCCUUUAGAAUCGUGUAUUGCUGCAAUUUAUGUUCCACAUUUACUCUGUUGAUUAUCGGAAGCCAUGCUCCAAUGCAUUCUCAUUGAAUAUCAAAUGAACAUUUCAAUUCAAAUGGUAUGUUCUUUCUUUGUUGUGUGAAAUCGAUAUAACAACAUUUCAUCGAAAUUCUUAAGUGCAUCCUUUUUUUUGCAAAAAAGCACAUAUUCUCCGUCGACAUUUACCUUUUGCACAACCCAUAAUAAAUGUCCAAUUAAAAUACCUAUUUCCGCAGCUGAAACAAGUCCUUCCUCUCAGAUAAUAAAACGGAAGAGUAUAAAAAAAAAAAACAAAUUAAAUCGCAUUUGAAAACGUUUGGUCGUCGGAUUCACAUUGUUUCGAACAAAAUGUGGCAAUGGCCCUAAUGCCAACAACAACAGCAGCAGCAACGACGACAAGGACUAUUAAGGACCUUAGUAUCGGUCUAAGCUCGGGUUGUCAUGGCCGUGUUCUUGUGUGUGGCAAUGCCACAUUAAGUCCCUGUAAUUCCCAUCAAUGUUAUGAUGCCAAACAAAAUGGAAGCGAGGCAAAAAACGAUUAGCCAGAGUGUUGAGUAUAUAAAAAUUUGGAAACAUAUCAAAUGGCGGCCAAGGAUCAACAGUCAGUGUUGACCAUCUAAAGUCGGAACAAAUAGAGAAAAAAAAAAAAAAAACAAAAACUUCAAACGAACGAACAAUUUUUUAUGGCAUUUUUUUUGUUAAUUGUGAACUGUGUGAAUUAAGCCGACAUAGGCAACAAAAAUUGACUAAGUGAUAACCUUUUUAUUUUGGGUGUAAUAAUUUAUGCGAUUCAAUGAAAUGUUUUAUUGUGUGCAUGUAUGUGUUUAUUAGUUUAAAUAAUUAACAGCAAAGUUUUGUAUAAUCCCACGUACUUAUCUGUUAGAGCCUCUAGAGAGAAAGAGAGAGAGAGAGAGCGCGAGCUAGAGGUAGUAAUUUUACUUUACUUUUAAAAUACUUGACAACGAUUUCUGUAGUGCCAUAAAUUCGCUUACCUUUAAGCCAAACACAAAAGAGUAGAUUUCUUCAUACCACCGAUUUCCAGUUUCUCUCGCAACCAAGACAACAUCACAUCACAGCACAUCUCCAUUUCAAUGACAAUAUCCUUGCCAAGGAACACAAUCGAAUUGAAUAUCAGCGGAGACGUAAAGCAGCGGCAAGCUUACAAAAUACUGCCACAAAACAUGGCUAUGAGAGCAGCCAAUAAUGAGGAUAUGUUGGUGCCGGCCAAUGGCCGAGUGGGUGAUAAUGAUAGUCCACGGCUAAAUGCAACGACUUUGCUGACCAGCCGCUUUAAAAAGAACAAACAUCAAAAGUGGUUGCCAACAACCGGCAAAACUACUAAAGCUGCUGCUGCAGCAGCAGCGAAUAUUGCCACUGAGGAUGGCAAUGACAAGCAAUGGUUAGCUAUGACAAGGGAAAUAUCACCAUUAGCAUGUUCAUCAACGACCACAACUGGAGUUUCAGCAGCAAUGAUGGCUUCAUCAAAUCGCGGUGGUGGUGGUGGCGAUGGUGUCAUUCGAAACAUGAAAUCAGAACAACGCCAAAUGCAGCAGCAACAACAUGACAGUGAAGGGAGAAAUGAAUGCCGUAACAACAAUGCGACAUGGCUCCACAACAGCAACACCAACACCAGCAGCAGUAGCGGCCAUAAUCGCCAAACUAAUAAUUUUAAUAAUGGCACUGGAGCCAGUAGGCCGGGCCUUGUACAAAACGCACAAAGUUCGCAACAGCAACAACAACACCAUCCAAACUAUAACAACAACAGCGGCACUGCUAGUCCAAACGGCGUGACUCCAAUAUUCCAUAGUCACAAUUAUUCGGACAACGAUUCUGGCCUAACCACCGACUCCUCACCCACAACCUCAUUUGCCGGCGACACAGAACCCCUGCUCUAUACAAGAGCAUCCGGCACAUCGUCGGCCGCCUCAUUGUUGAGACAAACACCCCAGCAUGGCAGCCAAGGGGCCACACAACCAUUGUUAACGUCAACAUCAUCGGCUGAAUAUCUGCUGCCGUCCGGCGCCUCCAAUAAUGAACGCCUUGAUACGCUCAACAAUGGUCAUGUUCCAGCGCCAGGCUCGUACUCCACAAAUAAAUAUCAUCACCACCACCACCAGCAGCAUCAUAAUAACAAACACCCGCAAUUCAACUCUUCCGCAUCGCCUUCGUCGGUGGCGUCGGGAAUGGCGCCCAAAUCGUACUGCAAUUGCUGCAGUAAUUUAAUUGCCCGUUGCUGUUUCGGUUUACCGCAUCUUAAAGCCAUCAAUGUGCGACGCUGUGUCCUGGCCCUGUUCGCCAUCACCGUGGUGACAAUAUUCUACUAUACGCACUACAUGGAUUCCGGUGUAUUUGUGGGGUUAAUACAGCGUGACACACGGCCAACACCAAUCAUCAAAUGUCGCAUGAGUAGCGGGAAACAUGCAAGGGGUGUUUCACCGGCCCCAGAUCAUCGCACCGAGGCCCGCUUACGUAUCGAUCCGAAGGUAUUGGUCUUUGUGGAAACCACCUAUUCGGGCUUGGGUCGUGAUAUUGCGGAAUUGUUGGUUUAUAAUCGAAUAAAGUACAAAAUAGAAGUGGCUGGCAAAAGUCUUCCCUCCCUAACCAACCUGGAUAAGGGACGUUAUGGUGUUAUUGUUUUCGAAAAUCUCGACAAAUAUCUGCACAUGGAUAAAUGGAAUCGAGAGCUGUUGGAUAAGUACUGCCGCGAAUAUUCGGUGGGCAUUGUGGGAUUUGUUAGUCCCAGCGAGGAAACAUUGGUGGCUGCUCAACUGAAGGGGUUCCCCCUGUUUGUACAUACAAAUCUUAGGCUAAGAGAUGCUAGUUUAAAUCCCGCCUCACCAGUACUUCGCCUGACACGCGCAGGCGAAACGUCAUGGGGUGCCUUACCGGGUGAUGAUUGGACUGUAUUUCAGCACAACCAUUCCACAUAUGAACCCAUAGAGUGGGCUCAACGUAAUAGCCAAGAUUAUCCCUCGGAUGCCGGUGGCCAAGUGCACCUGCCACUGACUACGGUGCUGCAAGAUCAUGGUCAAUACGAUGGAAUAAAACGUAUUUUCUUUGGUAGCAAUUUGAAGUUUUGGCUGCAUCGUCUACUCUUUCUCGAUGCCCUGUCCUAUCUGAGUCAUGGCCAAUUGAGUUUGAAUUUGGAACGGAUGAUUCUGGUCGACAUCGAUGAUAUAUUUGUCGGUGAAAAAGGCACACGCCUGCAGCCAGACGAUGUACGCGCCCUAAUCGCUACCCAGAAAAUUAUUGCCUCCAUGGUUCCUGGAUUUCGUUUCAACUUGGGCUUCUCGGGGAAAUAUUUCCACCAUGGCACCCGCGAAGAGAACUUGGGCGAUGAUUUCCUGCUGCAGAACAUACAGGAGUUUACCUGGUUUUCACACAUGUGGAAACACCAGCAGCCCCAUCUGUACGACAACCUGACACUGCUCAUGUCCGAAAUGCAGCUGAAUCAUGCAUUUGCCGAGGAACACAACAUACCUACCGAUUCGGGGUAUUCCAUCUCACCGCAUCACUCAGGUGUCUAUCCAGCCCAUGAGAUCCUUUACGAAGCCUGGAAGAAGGUUUGGGGUAUUAAGGUUACCUCCACGGAAGAAUAUCCCCAUUUGCGACCGGCUCGCCUACGUAGAGGUUUUAUCCAUCGCAAUAUCAUGGUCUUGCCCCGGCAAACCUGUGGACUCUUUACGCACACCAUGUACAUUGAUCGUUAUCCGGGUGGACGAGACAAACUCGACGAGUCCAUACAAGGCGGCGAACUUUUUCAAACCAUUGUCUAUAACCCCAUCAACAUUUUCAUGACGCACAUGUCCAACUAUGGGUCAGAUCGUUUAGCUUUAUACACUUUCCAGUCUGUCAUCAAAUUUCUACAGUGUUGGACAAAUCUGAAGCUGGCUUCUGCUCCGCCCAUCCAAUUGGCCGAAAUGUACUUCCGCCUGCAUCCCGAGGAGGUGGAUCCAGUCUGGGGCAACCCAUGUGACGAUCCCCGACACCGCAAGAUCUGGUCGAAAACUAAAAGCUGUGAUUCUUUGCCAAAGUUUUUGGUCAUCGGACCUCAGAAGACUGGAACAACUGCCCUCUACACAUUCCUGUCCAUGCACUCGAGCAUAGCUAGUAACAUCCCCAGCCCCGAUACUUAUGAAGAGAUCCAAUUCUUCAAUGGCAACAACUACUACAGAGGCUUGGAUUGGUAUAUGGACUUCUUUCCGUCCUUCGAGUCGAACACCAGCACCGUGGCGCCCGCAGCGCACUACAUGUUCGAGAAGAGUGCCACCUAUUUCGAUGGAGAAAUGGUACCGAAGCGGGCUCAUGCCUUGCUGCCGCAUGCGAAAAUUGUGACAAUUUUAAUAUCUCCAGCAAAGAGGGCCUACUCGUGGUACCAACAUCAGCGGGCCCAUGGUGAUGCUAUAGCAAAUAAUUAUAGUUUUUAUCAGGUAAUAACGGCUUCGGAUUCAGCACCAAAAGCACUCAGGGAUUUACGUAAUCGUUGCCUUAAUCCUGGUAAAUACGCACAACACCUCGAACGUUGGCUCUCCUAUUAUCCUGCCCAGCAGCUACAUAUCAUCGAUGGCGAACAAUUGCGUCUCAAUCCCGUGGAUGUGAUGAACGAUUUGCAGCGUUUUUUGAAAAUCCAACCGGCUCUCGAUUAUUCCAAUCAUUUGCGCUACGACGUGAAGAAGGGUUUCUUCUGUCAGGUGGUCAGCGAGAAGCGUAAUAAAUGCUUGGGCAAAUCAAAGGGACGUCAAUAUCCACUCAUGGAUGAACGUAGCGCUAAAUUGUUGCAACGAUACUAUUUAAGUCACAAUACAGCACUUGUAAAACUCUUAAAGAAACUUGGAGCACGUCCUAUUCCGCAGUGGCUUAAAGAUGACCUUUCGACGGGUACGUGAUAGCAACAGCAGCAGCAACAUCAUCACAGGGAGCGUAAAUUGCGUGCAAGAUUGCGCAAGCAAUUGCAUUUGCAAUUGUUCAUCUUCGAGCCCACAUUUCACAAACAUUUGUACCCAAAUAAAAACACUAACACCAGCCACCACCAGUCAAACUUUCUAAUAUCGCAGCUGUCUAAAGAGCCUGCAGUCUUGCGUUCACGAGGUCAACAAGAAACGAACGUGGUCCGCCAUCAGCAUCGUCGACAUCGCCAUGGUCACGGUGUCCACUACAAUAAUCACGUUUAUCCAAUUCAGCAUCAACAAUUCCAGCUGCCACCACAACACUACCAUCAUCAUCGUCCUCGUCGUCUAUUAGCUUCUUAGAGCAAACAUAGAUUGAAGCCCAGAUCUACUUGGAUGAAUAGCAAGCCAUAGAGGAGUUGAUGAUUUGAAUGUGUUCCAGAGUUCUGUUUCCGCCCAGUACAACAAAACGACCUGUAACGUCAUUAUUGCAUGAUUCAAAUGAUGGACAUCACAAUUGUGGCUGCGCACACGGAAAAUUAGUUAUCUCAAAUGAAAGUAAAAAUAAACCUAACACAAAACGAUUCGAGUACACAGUACACUCCUUAUCUGGGUACUUUAAUGUACUCCAGUGUGAGUGUGUGUGUGUGUGCUUAUGUUUCAAUGACAAUAUAUUGGUGAAUGCUGGUUGAUGGCAAAAUAAAUGGACAAUAGAAAUAAACUAAAUGUCACUAUACGAUAUUUGAAAAAUAACAAAAAAAGAAGAAAAAACUCCUCAUCACCUCUGGCCAUUUGCGUGAACACAGCCAUAACGUGACAAUACAACACACAAGCCAAUAUAGCAUUACGAAAUGGGUCACCAUCAUCAUCCAUCCAUUCAUCCUGUCUACCACCUUAACCAACCAACCUAUACACCACAACAACUACACUGAUAGUUACUUUAGGGUACCAUUGUAGAGUCGAAGCCAUUUAGAAAUUAGUUGCACAAUGACAUCCUCCAGACUUGCCUACACCACAAGCGAGCGCCGCCACAACAAUACUGUGUGCCGUGAAAGUGUGUGGCAAGGAUGGAUCAAGGAUGCUAUGUAAUGUAAAUGUAAAUCCAAUCAUAUGUAGAUCUAUGUAUGUGUAUUUAGUAUGUAAAGCAUUAAGCAAAUAAAGCAAAACGAAAAUGUAUAAGAAAUCCACACAAAAAAAUACUAGACUAAACUAAGUAAAAUGUCCUAGUCGUCCUAGUGCCGUAUGUGGGACAACUAACCUCCUCGUUGACUACUUUCAGAGUAGGAAAGCAUUAUCUCCCUCCUCGUCUGGCCUAUCUAUCAUUAAGCGUGAUUCGAUGUGAAAGAGAAGAAGAAAUAAAGCAAACACAACAGAGAAAUCCCUGACCCAAUAGCAUUUGGCUGCAUCCUACUCCACCACCUGCUUAUGCUUAUAACGACAUGCUGCUAAUAAUAGUAACUUAUAUUAAACUAGCUAUAAACGAAAUCCUAACCGAACUGUGAAUGGAAAUAGGAAAAGAGAAAACAAAAAAACCAUGUAAAAGAAAACGAAAAUGUUAAACAAAUUGAAGCCAUAAUAAAUGUUGUUCUAAGUAAAUAUUAAGUUUAACGAGAAAUGCUUUGUAAAUAUGUAGUUCGAGAUGAUAACUAACUCUGUAGUAUACCGACUAAACUAAAGUAAUUUUAAGAAUGGAAUGAAACUUAACGUAAAAGAGGGAAAUCUAAUAAUAGGAAAUAUAUCACCAACAGGUCUAUUAAAUAAAAGCUCAUAUCUAAUACAUAUACAGUUUGUCAAGAAGGAAAUCUCUUUUGGUUAUCAAUUUAAAUUUUGGGCUUUUCUGAUAUUCUAAUGUUUUUAUUGCCUUAUUGAAAAAUGUUUUUUUCACAUUAACUUCCGAAUUCUGUAUGACCAUACAAAAGUGAAUUCGAAAGAAAAACACCAAUUCCGCAAACAAAUUUUAAAAUUACAGAGCAUAACAAACAAGUAAAACAAAGGCUAUAGCCGUGCGGGGCCGACCAUGUGAUGCCCUACAACACUACAAUAUAUUAUAAGCCCCCUUAUGUCCAAAUCCAUUUUCGCUUUUGAAAUUAUGUCAUUGAGCGCUGCCCAGAUAUUAAGCUUAGCUUUUUGACCAUGGACAUCUGCCCAAUAUUUACGCACUCCGUCGGGCUUUUAGUUGUUGUUGUCAAUAUUACAGCUAAAUGUAAUCCAAUGGUUAUCCAAAAUGCCAAACUUCUUCCCUAUCCUUAACUCUCUUCUCAGGCAAAAUUCCGUGCCAAUCGGUUUCAAUUGUGUAAUCAGGAAAAUUUUAAUGUUUUUGGUUCAUUUGGACCCCUAAAUAUAUUGCGAUCAUCUCCAAAUGCAAGAAGCUCCUCUGUAUCUCCAAAUUUAGACUUAUCUAUAUGAUUUGCUUGCAUAAAAUAGUCAGAAGUUUGCCAUUUAAGUAUUUUGGAUUUGGCCUGCAAGUUAUUUUCAGCGUUUCCGUAGAAUGGAAAUGUGGGUAUUUUUUUACACAAAAGUAGCUGUCCUAAACUCUUAUUUCAUGCAAGAUUUCCUUUUGUUUCUAUUUGUGACCUUUAUAACGGCUGCAAAAUUAGGAACAUUUUUGUUGUUUGUCCAUUUCAACCUCUAAAUAUAUUGCGGACAUCUUUAAAAAAAAUAGGCCUAGCCCUUCUGAGUGAGGAUCGGACGGUAAUUGCAAUAUCUAUAUAAUAACUCCAACCUGUGUUGUAGGGUGAAAAAAUAUUACAAAAUUAAAGUAAAGUAGGAGAAAAAAGUAAAGUAGGAGAAAAAACAUUGAUUUUAAAGUUAUUGAAUUUAAUUCACAUGAAUUUGGUAGUUUUAUAUGACAACAGUUGAAUUAUUAAAAAAGAUUUUUUUCGAAUUUGCGUAUACAGAAUUUAAGUAAAAUGUUCAUUUCGAAAAAUUUUUAUUUCACCAAAAACAGGGAGUUAAUAACAUUUAGUAGUACAUUUACCUAGUCGAUAAAUAAUUGUAGACCAAUUCUAUUCAUUUUUCUUCCAUAAAGUCCAAACUUUGUCAUUAGAGUGUUGCGCAAAACACACCGUACCUUUUUGGUAUCAACUUUUCAUUUGUUAUAAGAGCAAUAAUGGCAAUAAGUUACUCUGUAUAAUGAAUAAGCAUAUCGUAUUGAAAGGGUAAUGCAAAUGUUGCACAUUUGUGUUAAAAAUUUGAAUCUAGCUGAAUUUCUAUUAAACAAAGUGUCAUAAUGCGAAAAGUCUCAUAUAUGGCAUUCAAAUUUCAUUUGGGCUCAAGUACGAGCCAAGUCCCACAAGUCAAUAUUAAACUAAAGUUUUUUAACUAAACUAUUUUUUUUAUUUGACAUUUUUUUAUUUUAAUUUUUUUUCUUGACAAACUGUGUAACCAAUAACAACAAAAUGAAAAUGUGUAAUAGAAAGAAAAUACAAUAAAACUACAUUAUAAAUGCAAUAAAA